AUGUCAGCUGUGUGGACAACGACAAUGGUCACGAGGACAAGGAAUCGUUGGCUAAACAUAUUUCCGUUGCUUCUUGGAUUUCUGCAAAUUCAUGCAGGGUUCUGUGCGAUGACAUCUGUCACCCUCCAUGGCAUCACUGAUUCAUUAUCACCACAAUACGAAAAGUAUGCGACGGCUUUGGAGACUGCUGCAGCAGCAUUCAGAGAAGUGGAAGCAUUGUUCAACGAUUCCACAUUUAUUGAAAAGAAGGGAUGGAGAAUUGAUGAAGAAAACGAUGAGGGCGAUGUGGUCUAUGCGAAAAACACGCCGAAGGGAAAGAUGGUCACCGUUUCAACCGAACUACCUCUGGAUGUUGAUUCUGUGAUGCACGAAACAUGGACGGGUGUAGAAGGAUUACCAAAAUGGAAUCCGAACAUCAAUUUUGCAAAAACUAUCGUUUCCCCCACACCUCACUUUGACAUAGUUACAUACGGCAACAACGACGUGUUGAUUGUAAGCGGAAGAGAUUUCGUAUCCGCACGAAUGUACAGAAAAACUUCAAAUGGAUAUAUCCUUGCAUCUCGAAGUGUCAGGAUAAAGGAGUGUCCCGAACAAAAGGGCAGAGUAAGAGCGGAAUUGAUUUUGGCGGGAGCGCAGUUCAUGCCACACCCUGAGAAAAAGGAUGUAACUUUAACCAAUGUGGUUAUGCUAGCAGAUCUCAAAGGAAUGAUCCCGAAGUUUGUUGUUAAUCAGGUGCUUGGUAGGAUAAUGCUCAUGGAUACCGAAGAAAAUCGACGACAUUUCCAAAGUAUAAGGGAAAGAAAAGAGAAAACCUUGAAAAAUUGA